AUGAUAACCAGUAGAAAAACUGUUACAAUAGGGUCCCGUCAAGUGGUGAACUUAUUAUACUCUUAUAACAACCAAACCACUAUCGGCUUACUCCAGUUAUCUUCUAAGUUACACACUUCAAGAUUAUUAUAUGAACAAAAUACAAAUAAACAUAAUCAAAGAGAAGACACAAAUGCAAAUGAUCCGAGGUCCCCAUUAAGCAUCUUCCGUGAAACCUUCAAAAAGGAAUGGCAAAAAUCAGCUGAGUUGCAGGAUAACAUUAAAGCUUUACAAGAUGCAUCUGGUCGUCUUGGUGAAUCUGAAGCAUAUAAGAAGGCGCGUGAAGCGUAUUUGAAGGCUCAAAAAGGGUCUACUAUUGUUGGUAAGACUUUGAAGAAAACUGGGGAAGCUAUGGAAGAUAUGGCUAUUAAAGCUUGGGAUUCAGAGAUUGGUAAGACUACCAGAAAGGCUGCUGUCAAGACAGCUCAAAAGAUUGAUGAAACUUUAGAGCCUGUUAGACAAACCAAAAUAUACAAAGACGUCUCUGAGGUUAUUGAUGAUGGUUCAAGUUCCAGUUAUGGUGGGUUUAUAACAAAAGAAGAAAGAAGAGAGAAGAGAGCUAAAGCUUUGGCUACUGGGCAAAGAGUAAGAGCUGUUAAGUCCAAUGAUGAAGCCGGAACUGCAUUAGUAGCUACAAACAUUGAAGCUAAAGAAUCCAUUGGUAAAAAAAUGGAAGAUUUUAAAGAAAAGACAGUUGUUGGUAGAUCUUUACACAAUCUUAAAGUUAGACUUUGGGAUGAAAGUGAAAAUCCAUUUAUCAUAUUCUUGAGAAAAAUUACCAAUAAGAUUGGUAAAUUCUUUGCAGAGACUGAAUCUGGUAGAGUUUAUUACCAAUUUAAAUUAAUGGAUCCGACUUUCAAUAGUGCCUCUUUCACAAAGCACUUAAGAGAAUACAUCGUGCCAGAAGUCUUAGAGGCUUAUGUUAGAGGGGAUGAAGAGGUAUUGAAGAAAUGGUUUAGUGAAGCUCCAUUCAAUGUCUAUGCUGCCCAACAGAAAAUGUUUAAGGAAAAGGCUAUCUUUUCAGAAGGUCGUAUCUUAGAUAUUAGAGGUGUGGAAAUCGUUAGUGCCAAAUUAUUACAACCACAAGAUAUUCCUGUAUUAGUAGUGGGUUGUAGAGCUCAGGAGAUCAACGUCUACAAAAAUAUUAAGACUGGUGAAAUCGCUGCUGGUAGUGAAGACAAUAUUCUAAUGAGUUCCUACGCUAUGGUUUUUACCAGAGAUCCAGAACAUAUCGAUGAUGAAGAAACGGAAGGUUGGAAGAUUCUAGAAUUUGUACGUGGUGGUUCUAGACAAUUCACAUGA